AUGGCAGCGCUUGGUUCCCGUUUGGACAGGAAAAAGAAAAUGAAAGGGAAGAAAAAAGUGAAAAAUCUCCUGGAGAAGAAGGCUAAAGGCUUAAAGCUAAAUCAAGUCGACAGGAGACGACUUACGAAGCUCGAAGAAAAGAUGAAGUUCAAGAACGAAUUAAAAGAAAGUGUGAAAAGUGAAAUGAGCAAGUUACGGCUGGCAGAAGAAGACGUUGACGAAACGAUUAAUAUUGAUCCGUCAUCACCAAGCCCGCCUCCGAAAAAGCUGAAGGAUAAAAGGGUAUCGUUCAGUGGAAAUAUGGAAAGCGUCAAGGUAUUUGACAAAAACGUGGACGAUCUUGAAAUCAAACCGUCGUCUGCGUCUCCAGGAAAGGGUAUACUGCGAGUUAAACAGAAAAAAGCGGCGCAGAAAAAGAAGAAGGUGCAAAUGAAAGACAAUGUUGACACCCCGAAAGCUAAUACCGUUGUCGGUUCCGGUGCGGAGAAAGAAAAUGUGGGAGAAGCCGCUGUAGAGAAACUGGAAAAACCUAAGAAGAAGAUCAAGAUACAGGUGACUAGAAAAGUGAAGGAACAGUUGUUAACUAUGGACAGGAAGCAAAGGAAAGCGUUUUCUAAGAGAACUCAAGUCCAAGAAAAAUCCUAA